CGUUGCAAACAACAAACCGAUUCGCUCGCUAGCUCGCCGGGAUCCGUGUAGUUUCCAGUACACCUAUUUCAAGUGUUCGUGUCGCACGUAAUUAAAAUAACUCGAAACGUAUCCAAAAUGGUUAAGUUUGUGAUCGCAUCGGCCGUUUUGUGCUGCGCGCUGGGUUUCGCCGUCGCCAGCUCCUGCACCAACCCGGAGGUGAAAACUAACUUCUACUCCACCACGGAUGCCACGAUUGUUAGCCAGAUUGGGUUUGUAACGGAGUUCACGCUGAAGUGCUCCAACGCGGGAGCUGAAAAACUGCCCCUGUUCGCUGAGGUGCUUGGCAAGCUGGCUCCGGUUGUGCGCAUCGGUGAAAACAAGUACCAGGUCAGCUGGAACGAAGAAAUCAAGAAGGCUAGCAGCGGCUCGUACGCGGUCCGUCUUUUCGAUGAGGAAUCUUACGCUGCCGUGCGCAAGGCACAGCGUGCCGGUGAGGACGUCCAAUCGGUGAAGCCGCUGACGACCGUCACCGUCAACUUCCCCGGCGCUUACAAGGGACCGUGGGUGAACUCGGAAAUCCUGGCUACCGGUUUGGUCGGAUUCGUCGCCUACGUUGCGUUUACGACGCGGUCAAAGCUGAUGGCUUAAGCUACGUAAUGCACACCCGUUUGUACGCAUUAAGCUUUCCGUUGUCCCGAGUAAUCGGUGCUUCCGCAUAAGAGUGUGUGUUUGUUAGUGUACCUUUCUCCAUCGCGGAUCAUCAAAUUCAUCGCAUUUUUCAUCCGCACAAGAAGAAAAAACGUUCCUCAUUUGCUCGGAUGCAAGCAGCGUGUGUUGUGCACAUGUUGUAUAUGUAAGGAGUGUGCCGGAACUAAUAACAAAACGCCUGGAAAUUCUGGAUAGAGUACCUCACCGGAGCGGGAGGGAUGAAGGCACACUCACAUUUGCUUUCAAUUUUCCAGAGACUGAUAACACCUCUACCAGAUUACCUAUGGUGAAUAAAUCCGUUUGAAAGUAGAUCAUCGCUACCGAAGAACAUCUGCUGUAGAGAAA